GUAACGGUAGCCUACUUCAGUAAAACUCCCAAAAUCACUCUUAUUUCUGUAAAUUCUGUUUAUCUCUUCUUUUUAAUUUUCAUUUCAUUCAAAAAUGAAACCUAAUCGCAAAGUCAAGAAACCAGACGCAUCGUCGAAGCUGAUUUUAGAAGAGAUUAUCGGAUUGACUACGAAAAAUUGCAAUGGAUUGGCUUCGAAUACUUCAACUACGAAGUGCGCUUAUGUGGCAGGAUGUGUUGUGGUGGUUUACGAUGUGGAUGCCGGCACUCAAUCGCAUCUGAUGGUGUCUCAUCGCAUGCCAAAGCCUCUGAGCUGUGUUGCCAUGUCGCGUGACGGCCGUUUUAUAGCUGCUGCAGAGUCAGGGCCUCAACCUGCAAUGUUAGUGUGGGAAUGUGCGAAUCUGACUUUUAUAUCCGAGCUGAAAGGUCAUCUAUAUGGAGUUGAGUGCAUUGCUUUUUCACCAGAUGGGGAACAUCUGGUGUCUGUUGGAGGGUACAUUUACCUUUGGAAAUGGAGGAAUGCGGUGUUGGUUACCAAGCUUAAAGCAAAUUCAUCUUGUUCUGCCAUUACAUCUGUGACUUUCUCAUCAGAUGCAAAAUUCAUUGUUACUGCUGGAAAGAAACAUUUGAAGUUCUGGACAAUUGGAUCAUCUGCAAGGACUCGUUUAAACAAAGGAAUAGAAUUGCUAACAAUUCAUGCAAAGCCUGUUAAUCUUGGUCUUCCUAAAGGAAAUUCAUUUGUAUCUGUCACAUCGCCCACCGGGGCUGACGACAAUGUCGCUAAUCAUAAACAGGCUACUGAAACGAUUACUAUAUAUGCACUGACUGAUGCAGGUGUUUUAUAUCUUAUACAGUCUGGGUUAUCAGUAACAAAAUCAGUGGAUUUGAAGGUUGAAAAAGGUUUUGGACUAUCUGCAUCCAACAAGUUAAUUGCUUGUGCUUGCAGUAAUGGAGCUGUGCAGCUUUUCACUAUUGAGUCUCUCAAAUAUUCUGGAACGCUACACUAUUCAAUGCCCAAAAAGUGCAAUGUGGAAAACGCCGCUGGAUUUGAUUUUCAACUUGUCCCUACUCUUCCUGAUGCAAUUGCUUGUCAGUUCUCAACCUCAGAAAAGCUUGUGGUUGUUUAUGGUGAUCAUAGUUUAUAUAUAUGGGACAUUAAUGAUGUGAAUGAGGCUACCAGAUGCUUUGUGCUUGUUUCACAUUCUGCAUCAAUAUGGGAUCUCAAGAAUCUCUGUUGUGAAAACAUGCAUGAUCCAUCUCUCGCAUGUGUAGCUAGGGGUUGUCCUGGUGGAGUUUCUUUUUCAACAUGCUCAGCUGAUGGUACUACUAGGUUAUGGGAUCUUGCCUUGCAACCUGACUCUUUGGAGGACGUGACUGGUCCUGGUUCUUCGAAUAUUGAACCAGUGGGCACUGCACAUUUUGUAAGUGCAGGGCUUUUUGAACGUGAUACAAUGGAGACAGGUGUCAGGACCCAAGGAUUCCGAUCAAUGGCAGUUAGUUCAGAUGGAAAGUACCUGGCUGCUGGUGAUUCUGAGGGAAACCUUCAUAUCUAUGAUCUAACAUCUUCUGAUUAUACAUGUUUUAAGGAUGUCCAUGAUGGAGAGAUCCUCACUUUGAGCUUCAGCUUGUUAAGCAAAAAUGAUUUUAGUUCUGAAGAUGGUAUGGACAGCCAUUACUUUCUUGCUUCUGGGGGAAGGGAUCGAACAAUCCAUGUUUAUGAUGUUAAAAGGAAUUUUGACCUUGUUGAAACUAUUGAUGACCAUUCUGCUGCUGUGACUUCUGUCAAAUUUAGCUGCGAUGGCUGUAAGAUUUUGAGUUGUAGUGCUGAUAGGUCCCUGGUGUUCCGUGAUGUUGCUUCAAUAGGUAAUGCUUAUAAGAUCUCACGUUGCCAUCAUCAAUUGGCGUCUCUUGGAACUGUAUAUGACAUGGUUAUAGAUCCAGCAAUGGAGAUUGCUGUUACAGUUGGGCAGGACAAGAAGAUAAACUCAUUCAACAUUGCUUCUGGAAAGCUUAUUAGAUCGCUCAAGCAAGAUAAAGACUUUGGAGAGCCAAUAAAAGUUACGUUGGACCCAAGUGGCAGUUACCUGAUUUGCUCCUACUCUAACAAAUCUAUCUGCUUGUAUGACUUCAUUAGUGGAGAGAUGGUCACACAAGCCAUGGGGCAUGGUGAAGUCAUAACUGGUGUUAUUUUCUUACCUGAUUGCAAGCACAUAGUUUCUGUAGGUGGUGAUGGUUGUAUUUUUGUAUGGAGAGCACCUGCUCGUUUGGCUUCUAAGAUGCUGCAGCGAGUGAAAGAAAAUUAUGGUGUAUUGUCAUCAAGAAACUUCUCUCAGCCAGUUGCUUUAAGUCAAAUCAUGUUUUGUGAAGAGGAAAACCAGAAAGGCGGAAUAAAUAGUAAACACAAGCAAUUGAUAGAAAAUUCCAAAGGAGGUAGACAAAGGGUGCGCUAUCACAAUUGGGAACCCCGAGCUACCCCAGCAUUUAGAUUUAGCAUUUCCAGACUUCCAAAGUGGGCACAAACCAAAGUAACUAGCCCUGAAAUUGUCCCCUGCGAUCUUGAAUUCCUUUCAUCUCAGCAAGUAGAACCGAAAAAUUUCUCGCCUUUGGUUGGUGAUUAUGCUUCUUCUGUGCACCCUGAAAUUCAAACUCCCGCUAAUCAUGGUUGCGGAGAUAGCAAUUCAUGCCUCAGUAGCUUGUCUAGAAGUUCUCGUGAUGGUAGUGACAGCCAAAGUUCAUCUUUGCCUCAAGGAACUGUUAGCAGUUUUGCUAGGGACACACGUUGGCGAUCUGUUUAUACCGUAUGCCUCGAUUUUCCAAAUUCCCCAGAGGUGCAGAUUUUGAAGGAUGUGAAGAUGUCACUGCCAACCCAAAAUUUGUGUGUCACCACAAACAAACACCCGUGUCCCAAUAAUAUUGGCUUUCUUGCCAAGAAUAAUGAUCAAUUUGACCUGCAAAAUGCAAGUGCAUGCGAUGAGCUAAUAGCCGACGUGGCAGAGCAGUUGCCUUCAGAUAAACCUGAGGUGCAAUCAAACAUAGAUGCUAAUGCAUGCCAAGUAAAAUAUGAACAUAGUGAUCUAUUCAAGCAGCAUUUUGGCAGUUUAUCAACGACAAACAAGUUAGAGAAAAGGAAAUCAACUGUGAGACAAAGAAUCUCUGCACAGUAUGUUGUACGGCGGGACUAUGAUGGGGGCUGCAAAGGACUUUUUGACACACCUCUCCGAGAUUCAGGUGCUAAUACUUUGACCUCUGGAGAAGAAUCUGCCUCCAACUGUACACUGGAGAAUCCAGCACUCCCUGUGAUAGGUCCUAACAAACAGGACCUGAAUAACUUUACUCAAAGCUUACCGAGCCCCUAUCGUUCUCUCAAGGAAUUAACUAAAUGCCCAGUGGAGGAGAGUUCGUUGGCCGCUAAUGAAUUAGAAGAAGCAGCAGAGAAAAAGAAACGUAUUCCUGAAAGAAACGAUGUGCUAGAAAGAAUAACAGAAUGCAAGAAAGCUUUACUGAAUCUGGACAAUUUAGCCGACAGUGUCGUCCAGUUAUUUUCGGAAUUAGGAGCUAUGGCUUCUAGUGAAGAUUGGUCAAGUGGACCUGAAGUUAAGCUAUAUGAUGAAGCAGCUAAGCUGCUUCCAUCAAUUGCAGAGAAAAUAAGCGAAGUAGCUAAAGCAAUUCAACGUAGAAAUAGUGAUUUAUCAGGGACAGGUGGAACGGAAGUUUCAAGAUUUGAACCUCAGGAACAUUUGGUCCGAGUUUAUCCCUAAAGAUUUGACCAUUUUCCUGAAUGCCAUACUUGAAAUUUGUAAAUAAUGAGCCAUGUAAAUAUCCAGCUUCGACAUUUGUUUCUGAGAGAACCGCAGGUCAAUUUUGUAGUGAAUAUAAUUUGGUAGAAUGUGAAGGCGGUGUGUAUCGAUAAUAU